AUGCUCUCAUACCACUUCCCCUUGUCCCGGCCGCCUCGACUGUACUCUUUGGCGACUUCUUGUGGUGCUCCCCUUUCUCAAGGCGUGGUAUCCGGCCAAAUCCUCUGCCGUGCUCGUGCUUGCCAACCAACCCCCAUCCCAUACUUUGGACAUUCGCCAAUACCGGAACUGCUCGGGCCGACAUUACCGAAUACCAACACUCUUUGCAACCACGCAUCAGACAACACCUCGAUUGUCACGGCGUCCUUUGACGCGCCGCCCUCUAGCGAGCUAGGCGGUCUUUGGAACAACAUCGAUAUCGCCAUUUCUGCGACGGGGCUUUUUCAGUUCGUGGGCUGA